GGGGCGACGCGGGCCGACGUGCCGUACGCGCCUCCCCGCGGCGUGCGGUCCGGGGACUGCUGGCCCCAGCGCCGGCCUCUCGGAGGCGGGCCGGGCAGACGGCGGCGGCCAUGUUUGUGGCGCGCAGCAUCGCGGCGGACCACAAGGACCUCAUCCACGAUGUGUCUUUCGACUUCCACGGGCGCCGGAUGGCCACCUGCUCCAGCGACCAGAGCGUCAAGGUCUGGGAUAAAAGUGAAAGCGGAGAUUGGCAUUGUACUGCUAGUUGGAAGACACACAGUGGAUCUGUAUGGCGCGUGACGUGGGCUCAUCCUGAGUUUGGACAAGUUUUGGCUUCCUGUUCUUUUGACCGAACAGCAGCUGUUUGGGAAGAAAUAGUCGGAGAAUCAAAUGACAAACUUCGAGGACAGAGUCACUGGGUGAAGAGGACAACUCUAGUGGAUAGUAGAACAUCUGUUACUGAUGUGAAAUUUGCUCCCAAACACAUGGGUCUGAUGUUAGCAACCUGUUCAGCAGAUGGUAUAGUAAGAAUAUAUGAGGCCCCAGAUGUUAUGAAUCUCAGCCAGUGGUCUCUACAGCAUGAAAUCUCCUGUAAGCUGAGCUGUAGCUGUAUUUCUUGGAACCCUUCCAGCUCUCGUGCUCACUCGCCCAUGAUCGCCGUGGGAAGUGAUGACAGCAGCCCCAAUGCAAUGGCCAAGGUGCAGAUAUUUGAAUACAAUGAAAACACCAGGAAAUAUGCAAAAGCGGAAACCCUUAUGACCGUCACAGAUCCUGUUCAUGAUAUUGCGUUUGCUCCGAAUUUGGGAAGAUCUUUCCAUAUCCUGGCAAUAGCAACCAAAGAUGUAAGAAUUUUCACAUUAAAACCUGUAAGGAAAGAACUUACUUCUUCUGGUGGUCCCACAAAAUUUGAAAUCCACAUCGUGGCUCAGUUUGAUAAUCAUAAUUCUCAGGUCUGGAGGGUGAGUUGGAACAUAACAGGAACAGUACUCGCAUCCUCAGGAGAUGACGGCUGUGUGAGGUUGUGGAAAGCCAAUUACAUGGACAACUGGAAGUGUACUGGUAUUUUGAAAGGUAACGGGAGCCCAGUAAAUGGGAGUUCUCAGCUGGGAAGCGCAAAUCCUUCACUAAGCUCAAAUAUUCCAAAUCUUCAAAACUCAUUAAAUGGAUCUUCUGUUGGCAGCAUGUUUUCUCUUCUUUGGUUCUCUUUGUAUUUACUGCUUUUCUCUUUUUCUUCUGUUCCCCUCCCUCCUUCCCCCUGUUGUUUUUGUUUUGGUGUUUUGUUUCUGUCUUCAUUAUUUCAGGUAUUUCUUUCCCCCUCUGGAUUCCCCACGGGCUGGAUCAAGAUGGUCCAGCUGUGCCCAGCUUCUUCCUCCUCCUGCUCCUCUGGUAGAGCGCUCUUGCGAUGCGGACACUGCCAGCCUCCAGUACCCUCCCCCUCGCAGAGGGUGCCUCUCUCGGCCUCUUAAUCCCUUACCUGAGAACGAAGGGGUUUAAACCACUGAUUGAAAGGCCUCGUUCAGAUGCUUGUCAAUGCUUUUAUUCCGGGCUGCUUUUUUGGUUUUCUUCGUUUUCUUUCAGAAGAUCCUUCUUACUUAGGGCAUGUCUUGCAUGUAUCACAACUGAAGUGUUUGGAACCAAACCUGUUUGUACUUCUGCAGCAGGAAACCCUGGCUUCACUAGUGGGUUACCUCUGGUGAGAGAUGAGCUUCAAAAAAGCAACAUUAACUGUGAAAGACUCCCAGUAUCAAAUUCAAAGUGCCUGUCUUGUAAAUUCUGUAUGGACUUGUCAUAGAGUUCAGUUUUGCCUGUUAAUAGACAGCUUCGUGCAAAAGCAUAUCAUUGUGAAUGUCACUCUGCAUUUCAGACAUUAAAAAACGUUUUGAAUUUUAUAGGCUGAUGUUACAAAUGACUGUAAAAUAAAUCAUUCCUGUGUAUAAAGCAGCAAAUCAUAAGGAUAUUUUUGUUUUUUUUUUUUUUUUUUAAAUGAAAAUGCCUUUCACUACUUGGAAUUAACUGCUUAAAGCUUUUGUAAUUAUUCUCCAAGUAGGUUAUUUAAUAAAAACAUUUUAAAAGAUA